CUAAUGAUCUCCAAUGAGUUAAUAGGAAAUAGCAAAAGCAUUUGAUAGUGGGAAAUUCGAGGAUAAAUUGAAAGUAGAAAAGUAAAUUAAAUAAUUAGGCAUUGAAAUCCCUUGUAAUUCAGAUUAUACAUGAUGAAUAGAUGCCUAGAAUGGUAAUCUUUGUCAGAUGAGACACAUUCAUUAAAAAAGAUUCUACUUUUCUAUUGGGAAGUGAUAGAAAAAACUCAUCCAAAUGGUUCAUUAAAGGAGGAGAUGAUCCUUGUAUGUAAUAGUUUAAGAAAAGAUUUAUUACAUCCAAAUGAAUACAUUAGAGGAAGAACACUAAAACUUUUGAGCAGAAUUUAAUUGCGUGUAUUAAUGAAUUAAUAAAUUAGGGAAUAUUGGAACCAUUAUAAACAGCAAUAGUAGAGAAUGUAAAUCACAAACAUGUAUAUGUAAGAAGGAAUGCAGUAGUAUGUUUAUAUGAAAUAUUUUUAAACUUUGGAGACGAUUUAAUUUCAGAUCUGGAUGAACUUAUGGAGAAAUUGUUAUUGAAUGAAACAGAUUUAUCUACUAAAAGAAAUGCUUUUCUAUUAUUAUUUCAUGCUAAUCAAUAAAAGGCUCUUGAUUAUUUAAGCAUUAAUUAUUCAGAUGAUAGUAAUUAAUUUGGAGAUAUUUUAUAAUUAUCCAUUUUAGAACUAUUUAGGAAAGUUUGUAAAAAGGAUCCUUAAUAGAAACCAAAAUUAUUAAAAUCUAUUUAUUAAUUUUCAAAAUCAAAAUCAGCAUCUGUUUAAUAUGAAUGUGCUAAUACUCUUUUUGCAGUAUCACCUAGUUUAGCUUCUUUAAAAAUAGCAGUUUAAAUUUAUAUGUAAUUGAUUAACACUUAGACAGNAGUAAUUAAUUUGGAGAUAUUUUAUAAUUAUCAAUUUUAGAACUUUUUAGAAAAGUUUGUAAGAAAGAUCCUUAAUAGAAACCUAAACUAUUGAAAUCUAUUUAUUAAUUUUCAAAGUCAAAAUCAGCAUCUGUUUAAUAUGAAUGUGCGAAUACUCUUUUUGCUGUAUCACCUAGUUUAGCCUCUUUAAAGAUAGCAGUUCAAAUCUACAUGUAAUUGAUUAACACUUAGACAGACAAUAAUAUCAAAUUAGUAAUAUUGGAUAGAUUAGAGGCAGUAAAUUAAUUGAAUCCUAGAGUCUUAGAGGAUAGAACUUAAGAUUUAUCAUAAUUACUUAAUCAAUAGAGUAUUGACAUAAGAAGAAAGGUUUUAAAGUUAUUUUAAUUGAAAAAUGAAAAUGUUGUAUUAUUAGCUCAAUCAUUAUAAAAAGAAUUCUAAAAGUGUUAGAAUUUAAAUGAUUAAUCAGAAUAUAAAGUUUUAAUGUUACAAUUAAUAAAUCCAAUGAUUCAUAAAUUUCCUUAAGUUCAUGAAGUUGUAGCUUAAACAUUUAUAGAUUCUAUUAUUUGUAAUCAUAAAAUGGAUGUUUAAUUAAUUUAAUUGUCUGAUUAACCAAUUCAACAUAAAAUUGUAACAGCACUUUCUAAUUGUUUUUUGGAUAUUCAUCAUAUGGAAUUAUAUAAAGCAACAUUUACAGUUCUUGAUAGUGUUAAUCCAAUAAAAUCAUUUAAUUAAAUAAAAAAAGCUAUUGGAAAUCUACCUCUAGAACAUGAAAAGGUUGUUGCAAAAUAAGAAGAUGAAAAUAAAUAAGUUGUAAAAACAGUUAUUUUACCUGAUGGUACUUAUGGAACAUAAGUUGUUGAAAAGUAAGACACUGAAGAACAUGUAUCAAAAUUAAGAGAGUUAUUAAUGUAAAAUUCUUUUUUAGCAUCCUCUUUAAGUAGAGCCUUUAUAAAAUUGUUAUCCAAAAUUUAAGAAUUUAAUAAAUACUCUAGUUAGAUGCUCUUAAUUUUCUGUUCACUCUUACGUUAUUAUCAAAAGAACACUGCUAAAAUUGAUUAAGACACUUUAGAAACUAUUACUUCAAGUAUUAGAAUUUUAACUGGUAAAAAUCCACAAGAAAAAUUAUAAGAAUUAUAUAAAAAAUCUGAUAUAAUUGUUGAAUAGAAUAACUAAUUGGGAUCUAAUCAAAAUUAUGACAAAAUUCUCAAAUAACCUGAUGAUCCCAUUAUUAUUAGAUAAUUAAAAGGAAUUUCGGAAUUUAAUGAAAUUGAUUUAGCAGAUGAUGAAACAUCUGUAACAACUAAAUAAGAAGAAAAUACUUAUGUUUCUAGAUUAGGACAUAUAGUUUAAUUAACUGGAUAUUGUGAUCCUAUUUAUGCUGAAGCAUUUGUUAAUGUUCAUAAAUAUGAUAUACAAUUUGAAGUUCUAAUGGUAAAUAGAUGGUCAAAAAUGGUUUAAAAUGUAUAAGUUGAAUUUAGAACUUAAGGAGAAAGCAAAGUUAUUGAAAAAGCUUAAGGUGUUAUCUUACAACCUAAUCAAUCUGCUAGAGUUAGAACAACCAUUAAAUUUUCAUCUUAAGAUAUUGGAGUUGUAUAUGGAGCUAUUCAUUAUGAAAAUAAUGCAGGAAUAGAAUAAGCUUACUUAGUAACAAAAGAAAUCAAUGUUGAUUUAAUUGAUUUUAUUUUACCUGCUACAAUCUAAAUUGAAUAAUUCAGAAAAUUGUGGGCUAAAUAUGAAUGGGAAAAUAGAAUUGUUAUUAAUACUAAUUAUAAGUAAAUAUAUACAUAUAUUUAUUUAGUGAUCCUUUUAAAUAUGUCUCAUUUUUAGAAAAAUAAUUAAAAGCAAAAUCUAUAGAAGAAAAUCAUCCUAAAGGAAAUAUUAUAUGUGUUAAUAUGUAUGCUAGGACCAAAUUUAGUAUUCAUUGAUUAUUUAUAUGUAGAUGAUGAAAUGUAAGCACUGAAGUUAUUAAUGAUAAAUUAUAAGGGUUUGUGA